AUGGAUCUGGAUUGUGGUAUUGCUGAACUGCCCACAGAUGUGAGCUUGAAAGCCGCGUUAGAACUGAACGAACUCCUCACCAGUCGGGAUACAAAAAUAGCACAUUUACGCGAGCUGAUUAAACAGACAGGUAUUCACGGUUGCCUGUCCGACGGAUUCCUACUGCGUUUUCUACGAGCCCGAAAGUUUAACAUUCACCGAGCCCUGGCCUCGUACAUUGCGUACUAUGAGACGAGAAAUCUAUACGCGGAUGUGUUUCUCAACCUGCGACCGAAAUGCAUCCAACAUGUGUUUAGCGAUUGUGUCGUGGCCCGACUGGCUACUCCGCUUCCAAACGGAUGUGCUGUGGUCUACUUCCAACCGGGUCAAUGGAAUCCGCGAUCGUGGCCAAUCACAGACAUAUUUCGAGCUAAUGUGAUCUUGGUGGAAGAUUUACUUCUCGUAAGUUGGGAACCUGCCUUGGGGAAAACAAACUCUCAGAAUGGGUGUGUGCCACCGAUUAGUCGGGUGGGUGGGUUGGUGAAUGAACGGAAGUAA